GCCCCUGGUUAGAUACUUGGGAUGACUUGCACAAGAGAAAAAAACGGGAAGAAGCAAACGGAGGAGCGAUUGAAUUCGAUGUCGGAGAUGAAGAUGAUCCAGCCCUAUUGAGCUCGUUGAGUUCAUUGAGUUCCGUAAGGAUGGAUGACCAAAAUGGAGAUGGAGACGAAGAUGGAGACGGAUACGUCAUUGUUGAAGGCGAAGCUGGAGUUGAACAUGAAACCGCGAGGGGCUCUGAUAACGAAAACGAGGGCAAAAAUGAAGAUGGAGAUGCAACCAUGAUCGCAGGUGGAAACGAAAACGAGGGUGGAAACGAAAACGAACAUGAAACCGCAGCUGGAAGCGGGCUCGCAGGUGGUGAUGAAACUGGAAGAUAAUACGUACAAGUACCAGUAACAGCCCUCGAUGAUUGAGUGACGUCGAGGAGAGGCGGCUCGCCCGAGCAAGAAUGUGGCAGUGGGUGGCCGAUGAGGGCUGGGAUUCAAUUGAUGCCAGUGACGGGAGAACGAAGGUGAAAUGAAGACGAAAGAGGGGGGGAAUUACUCUUGGAUUUGCUCUGAUACCGUUCUUGUGUUUUAUCUUUUUCUUAUCACUCUUGGUAUUCUUACUUCUAUGACAUGGGCAUGGAUAUUGGGAGUAACGGCUUUCAUAAUUCAAAAACUCCAAACACGAAGAAAGGGGAAAGGGGUGGAACAGGGUAUGUUUUAUUAUGAAGCGACUAUUUUACAUUGCUCAAAAAUGAUAACAGCGAAUUUGUUUUUG